GCCGGUAUAGCAUUGCAGUUUUUAUUUUAUUUAUUAGUAGAAUAUGAAAAUUCAGUUCCUAGCACUUUUUGGGUUAGUUAUAUUUACCGGAUCGCUCGCUGGUUAUCGAACUAACUGGAAACACAAAGGCGUCCUCCACAAGGGUUGGCAUCCACAUGGUUACCAAAGGCCACUCGACAGGCAUCACUGGCGGUCUCAUGUACCGACACUGAAUGUCGAAGUUUACGAACCUAAGGGAUUGAAGUUAUCGAUGGUUCGAAAAAGUCAAACAACCUCGUUCCUGGGGGUAGAAUUGUACAUUAACAAGGACCCACGGAUAAAUGGAACCCAGUGCGACGUGUGUCGUAAUACUACUACCGUCACGUUCGGGAAGUUUGUCAUUGAAGAUGAAAAUGUUGUAGUUAAAACGGGAGACCAGCUUAACUAUGUGAUUUUGAUUGGUAACAGUGUCAAAUUUUCUCGCCAAUCUAUGAGAAGGCUACAAGUUACAAGUUCAAUGAUUAGGACUUCUCAGAAAAAGGCAUGUAACUGCGAAACAACUACUGAAAUUAUUGAAUCAAAUGUUAGUCUCAAUGAUUUGAUCAGACCACCUGAACGCCUACGUAAACGAUCGAUUUCGAAAGUGCCUGUGGAAUCGUCUCGGAAAACCCCAAAUGAAGAAAGUAAUGCAAUAAAUCAUACCACUAAAUCAUUUUGGAAUUUCAAGAAAUGAUAGUAGGAAUUUGUUUUUGUUUGUACACUGCGUUUUCAGAGGGGAAAUCCAUUCGAAACAUCUAAUUGCGUGCAUAGGAAACUACGAUUUUGCUCAGAUUUUUAGAGCAGGAAUCAAAUCUUCAGAGGACACUUUUAUAUGAAGCUUGUAUGCUACAGUUCUUCACAACAUAGA